AACGUCUACCCUUAAAUUUGCAAUGUUUGUUCAUUUUUUUGUAGUAAUUAAUAUGAGGUACCACAUAAAAAAGAAAUAUUAAUAUGAAUUAACAUAGUAAUUUGCUAAUCCACAAUAUAUAAGAUAAGGUGACAAGGUCCAAAAAAUAAAAUAAAAUAACCAGAGAUUGGAAGAGAAGGUGAAGCGCAGAACACAACACAGAAAGAGAGAAAGAGAGAGAAAACAUCAAAGAUGGGUCUUUGCUUUGGUUGCUUCGGCGCAGGCGACAAACGCAUGACCAAGGAAGAAGAGAGAUUGGCCUCCGAAGAAGCGCGUGCCAAAGCCGCUGAAGCCGCACAGAAAAGGCAAGAGCAAUUUGAGAAUUCUCCAGCAGGAAGAGCUGCACGUGCACAGCAACAAGGAAUGGCAAAGCAAGCUGCAAGUUCCAACAAAGGCGAACCAGUUCUAAAGUGGCAAAUGGGUUGAGAUUGGACAUUCUGUUUGUUAAAGUCAACUUUUUAUUACUUGUAAGGUGAACAAUCUAUCUGAUAAAUUCUAGUUUUCCUAUUUAUUUAGUAAUGCAAUUUUGUUUAGUUUUAAGUUCUACAAAAAGUAACUCUAUUUUUUAUUGACAGAAUUUGUUUUAAGACAGAUAGCAUUAACAUCUAUAUGAAAUUAUGUAGAACAGUAGAUUGGACAAUAAAAGCGAGUUUCUGCCUAUACUGGACUGAACCGAUUUUGAAAAAUGUGAGGAAACCUAUGGAAAACAAACAAGCAUGUUAGGUCUAUUUUGGGUUGUAAACAAGAUUUACAUAAACAGAAGUUCAAUGUUUGUUUACAGCGAUGCACCUCACUGUCCAAAAUGCAGUGAUGGCAUUUAUUAAGGUUGAAAAGAAAAAGAUUUUGUUGGUAUGCAUCUCAAUAAAAUUUUGAUGAUAAUCAAAUUUAUAAAUUUUCCUAGACAUUCUGUUCAAGCCCUGCAUAUGUAGUAUUAUAACAGUGUCUGCAAAAUGCUACUCAACUACACACUGACCACUCUUUUUCAGUGAAUACAGCAAUUAAAAAUUUAGAAUGCUAGGGGGAGGGUAGCAAAAAGAUUUGUUUUAUGUCAAUCAAUAUAUUCCAUCGUUCCUGGAUUAUCAUAAUAUAGUAAUUUGAUUCUGAACUAGACAAAAAACAAAUUGCAUACUGAAUCUUACCAACUCAGUUGAAUUAGGUUAACUCUCUGAUUUCUUCAGGUUGUGUUGAUUAGGACCAUGUAUUAUGUUUGUAACUUAGUGUUAAAGUAGAAACAAAUAUCAAGUACUUUUGACCUCAUGGAAUGUAAAUGUCUCUUUAUUUCGUGGGAGAACAUUUUGCCUUAGUUUUCUUUUUUGUGUUACAGUAUUAAUGACAGCUCCCGUGAAAUUCUAUGCUUCGCAUGCUUCCCAUGUUCAACAGAUGAACAAAAGAUAUUUACUGCCAUUGUAUCAUAAGUGGAAUUGUUGUUUUCCAGACCAAGAAAUAUUCUGUUGAUUGUAAAUUUGUAAAGAAUUCAUGGUGACUGGAAAUGGGGAUAAGUUGAGAAUGUAGUGUUUUUUUCCCUCUUCAAUGAUAUUUUGGCAACUCCAUUCUCUUUCUAUAAAAAUUCAAGCCAUCAAUUUGUGUACUUACUUCCAGCUUUGAGCAUCUUACAUAUAAGGAAUGAGCUUUGGCGCGAGUAUUACUAGUCACAGUGGAGAAAUUGGAUCUAUUCAGAUUAAUAAUUAGACUAACUGGUAUAUUUCCUGAUAUUUUUCUAUCCAUCUUCGGCUACUACGAAGAAUCAAAUACGUUUAGCGUAUCAAAGAAACAAAAAUAUAUAAUCGUGGGACUAAAAGUGACACUUAACCCAAUCAUUUGAAGAAAUUCUUCCUACGAGCUUUAAAUAAUGAGUUUUAUAACCUUCCCUAAAGUGAAGGGUUUAUUUCAAAAUAAAACAUGCGGAGUUCUAUUUUAGCCUAACCUAACACCUUGUAGGAGAUCAAAACUAUAUAGUACAGUCUGCUGUGGGACAGUAAGUUAUAAGGGCAAGUCCUUGCCACUUAACUUGUCCUUUCGUGUUAACUAGUCAAGUGCAAGGACAUUUCGUUGAACCAGAAUCCAAAAUUAAGUAGCUAGAUUUAGCUACACAUUUUUGAACAAAUGUUGAAACCAAGUGUAACCAUGGAAUGAGGUUUUUUUUUUUUGUUUUUUCUUUUUUCCAUUAGUUUCUGUCAUGGUUUUUCUAUAUAACACUGUUGGUUGAUCUCACUUUCCCUCAACCACAAAAAAUUGAAGUUAUCCCAAUGCCUCAGUCACUCAAACUUUUGUACUGGAGCUGAAAGCUUCAGCUCAUAUGCAGCUUGAAAGCAAUCUGCUGCUUGUUGUAAUGAACCUUCCAUUUUUGAAACCAAUCCAAGGUUAAACCAUGCAUCAUGGUUUGUAGGUUCUAUUCGCAAAGCAUUCAUUAAAAAGCUUCUUGCAAGAGGAAGUGAUUGCAUGCCAAGUUUAAGCAAUAAUUUUGCAGUUGAAAUGAUACUGGGAAUGUAAUCUGGUUCAAUUGACAAUGAGACAGAGAAGGAAACAAAGGCCUCCUUGUUUAAUGAUUGAGCUUCAAACAAUGUCCCUGCCAUCGUUACAGCCAGUUCAUUGCAGAUUAGUGAUUUGUUAAUAUGCAUGGUGUAAUGAACACAAAACACAGAAACAUACCUGUAAUAUGCCAACUUCUGGGAGAAAAAAAUUCUAUCAACUGGGCCUUGUCAACACAAGCUUUUGCAUCAAGAAAGGAACUAAUAUCUGCAUAAAUGGUAGCCAAAUCCUGCCAGGCUUCCAUUUCCAACCUUCGUUCUGCUAAUGCCUACAAAGAGAUAAAAGGUCAAGCAGGGAAAUUCUUCUCAGGAACUAACAAUAUUCAAAAUUGUCACUAGCAAUAAAUUCGUGAUAUUGAUGCAUACGAUCUUGGG